GCCUGACGCUCGGAGCCUAUUUAAGCACAGAAUCCGCUCUGGUUGGUGUCGGAAUCUUAGUCAAAAUGUCAGGACGUGGGAAGACCGGAGGUAAAGCCCGAGCCAAGGCCAAGUCCCGCUCCUCCCGGGCCGGACUGCAGUUCCCCGUGGGCCGGGUCCACAGACAUCUCCGUAAAGGCAACUACGCUGAUCGCGUGGGGGCCGGAGCCCCGGUCUAUCUGGCCGCGGUGCUCGAGUAUCUGACCGCUGAGGUGCUGGAGCUGGCGGGUAACGCCGCCCGCGACAACAAGAAGACCAGGAUCAUCCCCCGGCACCUGCAGCUGGCCGUCCGCAACGACGAGGAGCUGAACAAGCUGCUGGGGGGAGUGACUAUCGCUCAGGGCGGCGUGCUGCCCAAUAUCCAGGCUGUGCUGCUGCCCAAGAAAACCUCCUCCCAUCCUCAGAAGAAGUAACUCAUCCGAGGUUUUCCUAUCCAACCAAAGGCUCUUUUCAGAGCCACCCACACGGU